AUGGGAGCUGUCAAUAUUCCCACAUGGGCACGACAUAGCUUUGCAACGGUACUUAUACUGCUUCUGUUAGCCUUUUCGUUGAUUUUACCGGUAGAUGUAAUAAGGAGGGUAUCACAGAUGCCGCAUGAAAUAUUGAAUACAGCUAUUAUUGUGGGUGCAGCUAUCACGCUACUAAUAACGUUUACUUCAUUGAGCUUUGGAAGAUUACUGGUCCAUCGAUCAUGCAUGCAGGAUAUCCCAAAACGGUACGUGCCAAUUACAGAACGCGACCUGCCAAAUACACGGAUCCGUGGAGAAAUAUAUCAUAAACUUGAACACUGUAAGCAACUUGCUCAUGAUUUUUCUACACCUGAGACGAGGGUUGUGCAUGCGGGACUGGAGCCACCCGCGCAUGUCGAUCACUGCGGGGAUGACAUGCUGCCACCGCUACUGGACUAUCAAGCAUGCGUUAAGAUCAUUGCUGAUAGGUUCAAGUUUCAAGGAAUACUACUCAACAAAUAUAUGCUAGAACCGAAGUUGGGCAUGACAUUCGCCGCGCAGCUUCGAAGGACUGUAUCAGAAAACGAUUGCGUAGAUCGCAACCAAUUAGAGGAAUUCAUUACCUUAUAUGAAACUAUCCGAUAUAGUGGCCAUCCUGUAACUAGAGGUAAGUUUAUCCGAUUUAUGGAAUUAUGCCUGCUCUUGGUCGACUUUUCCUUACUGACACAUAGAGUUGACACACCACCUUCUGGCGAGCCAAGUUCCACGACGGACUCUGCUACGAAUUUUAAUGCCCAUGUGCUUUAUUCACGCACGGAGGAAUCCAUAUCUCAGUCCAGCGCAUAA